AUGACAGCUCAGAAAAAAGGAGUUGAAAUACCAAUUCAAAGUUUAGAAUUUAAUCCUAAGUGUAGACAUGGUCCAACAAUUCUUUUUUCUGUGAAAAAUAGUGAUAAAAAAUAUUUUUCGUGCUCUUGUCAAAGAGAUCACGAAUGUUUUUACAUGGAUUUCAACACAUUUAGUAAAAAGAAUCUUAAUGACAUAUGCACAGAUGACAAUCAACUUAAUGGAAAAAAGUUUAAUUCUGCAGAGAACAACAAAACUGAGUCAUUUAAUGUCAGUUAUUCCGAAUUACUAGCGUUAGUGCCUUCCCAACGAACAUAUUGCAAAACAUGUGAAAUCUUUACUAAAAUAGUAUCAGCUCACAAAACACAUAAAUACAUUGAAGACAUCAGUGAUAAACUUCUUAAAGAACCAUCUUUGUUCCUACCUCAAUUGGAUAAUGACACAUUUAAUGCUCAGUACUUCUUCGACAGUAAAACGUUGCAAUUUAUAAACAAAGUGUUUGAAGAUCUGAAAUUUCAAAAAAUCGUUUGUCUUGGUGCUCCACGCUUGCAUGACUUUUUCCGUUCAAAGGAACAUCAUAGUGUUAAAACUAUUUUGCUCGAUAUAGAUAAACGAUUUAAGACAUUCAAUUAUUCAGAAGAUUUCAUUCAUUACAACAUGUUGAAUCAUUUUUUCUUCGAUGGAAUGGAAGAUGAAGAAAAAUUAAUCAAAUUUCUUAAGGAUGAUGAUCAAAUAAGGUCAAAUAUAUGCCUGUUUACCGAUCCACCAUUUGCAGCUAGAACAGAGUUGUUAACUUGGACAAUUCGUCAAAUCUCAAACAUGUACAACAAAGCAAAUUGCUAUCAUAAAGUUCUUCCAAUCUUAUGGGUAUUUCCAUAUUUCAAUGAACUACAUAUUAAAAAGGAAAUGCCUGAAAUGGAAAUGCUCGAUUUUCAAGUCACAUACAUGAACCACAAAGCAUUUCGAGAAGGUUUUAAGGGAAGAAAAGCGGGAUCCCCUAUAAGAAUUUUCACAAACAUUGAACCGAAAUACAUAAAAUAUCCAGAAAACUUCAAGGAUUAUCGUUUUUGUAAUUCAUGCAAAAAAUUUGUAAGCAUUUCCAAUGUUCAUUGCAAUAUUUGCAAGGCAUGCCCAUCGAAAAAUGGCUCAACUUAUCGUCAUUGCACAAUCUGCAUCCUUUGUGUGAAACCAAAUUACAUUCACUGUCCAAAAUGUAAUCGUUGUGUACCUAAAGUCGAUCACGAUUGUUCAACUUAUCAACAACACCAAACUUGUUGGCUUUGUGAUCAGAAAGGUCAUGUGGAAACUUUUUGUAGAUUAAAUAAAAACAAUAAGAAAGGAAAACUUGGUAAAUGUUUCACUUGUAAAAUAAAGAAAUUCCAUAAUGUAAGAAAUUGUCCAUUAAAGAAAAUGAAUAAAUUUAAUUAA